CCACUGUCUGUAUCACAUGAUGAAACCAAGCUGAGUAGCAGCGAGCUAUUAUGCUAGCUGGUGUUGUCAAAGCCGCUUUGAGGAACCACGUAUCGAGGGACAGCAGUUUACCCCAACUCUCUGAUAAGCAGUCACGAAGCCGUCGAGUCAUUCACAAGGCGCUGUAAAGUAAAAAAAUAAAGAGGGGACUUCUGUCAUAUUCACACUCAAGAUUUCAAGCCUUGAAAACGUCUGUAAAUCGAGUCCCAGCAGAUUGGAAAGCUGAUUAGAAAAGGCUUUGUUUGGUCCGGCGGGGCAGAGCCAUCGACAGACUGAGGCACAAUGGAGAAGCCAUAAACCAUCACAGGUGCAUGUUGGUUUCGUAAUGACAAGCUGCUGUGCAGAAGAUGUCCACGCUGUCUGUGACUGAUAUCCCAGAUGUUGGUCAUGAGGAGAGAAAGGGGUUUGAUGGGACGUCUGAGCUGCAGCUGGACUGCAUGGUUGAGGAGAGCAGUGGCGGCAUGAGCGUGAAGCCCGAUGACCUCCAGUCACUGACUGAGCUCCCCCAGCCGGACGACUUCCCCGUUCCCGCUCGAAACGGCCCGUCUAAAAUGAGCAGCGCCCUGCUGGUGGAACCAAACGAUAUCAAGCUGGAUCCAGCUGCAGGAGACACGUCUGUCAGCAUAGAUGGUCAGCCUGUGAAGAGGAAGAAGGGCCCCGCUCCAAAGAUGCUGGGAAACGAGGUGUGCAGCGUCUGUGGGGACAAAGCCUCUGGUUUCCACUACAACGUGUUGAGCUGCGAGGGCUGCAAGGGCUUCUUUCGCCGCAGCGUCAUCAAAAGCGCCCAGUACUCCUGCAAGAACAACGGCCGCUGUGAAAUGGACAUGUACAUGCGCCGCAAGUGCCAGCAGUGCCGCCUGCGCAAGUGCCGGGAGGCCGGCAUGCUGGAGCAAUGUGUGCUUUCUGAAGAACAAAUCAGACGGAAAAAGAUGAAAAAGCAGCAGGAAGAGGAAACGGCUCGCACGUCCACUGUGGUCACUCCCACGCCUCCACAGGAAGCAGCAACGCUUGAUCCCCAGCAGCAGGAGAUGAUUGAGAAGCUGGUGGCCAUGCAGAAGCAGUGCAACAAAAGGUCUUUCCUGGAUCGGCCAAAAGUGACGCCUUGGCCACAAAGUCAGGACCCCCAAAACCGAGAUGUGCGCCAGCAGCGAUUUGCCCACUUCACUGAGCUCGCCAUCAUGUCAGUUCAAGAGAUUGUGGAUUUUGCGAAGCAGCUCCCCGGUUUCCUGGAACUCACGAGAGAAGAUCAGAUCGCGCUGCUAAAGACAUCCACUAUAGAGAUUAUGCUGCUGGAAACGUCUCGGCGAUACAAUCCUGCAAUCGAGAGCAUCACAUUUUUGAAGGACUUUAGUUAUAAUAAAGAGGACUUUGCAAAAGCAGGACUUCAGUUUGAGUUCAUAAAUCCUAUAUUUGAGUUUUCAAAAGGAAUGAACGACCUGCACCUGGAUGAGGCCGAAUAUGCCCUACUCAUCGCCAUCAACAUCUUUUCUGCAGACCGGCCGAAUGUGCAGGACCACGACCUGGUGGAGAGACUGCAGCAGCCGUACGUGGACGCCCUGCGCUCUUACAUUAUGAUAAAGAGACAAAAUGAUCACUUGAUGUUUCCCCGUAUGCUAAUGAAACUGGUGAGCCUUCGCACAUUAAGUAGCGUUCACUCGGAGCAGGUUUUCGCCCUUCGCCUUCAGGACAAGAAGCUUCCCCCACUGCUGUCGGAAAUCUGGGACGUCAAUGAGUGACUGCAGAUCAGUUGGCCUCCUUUGAACUUUAUGAACGCUGACAUGGACAUCCCACCCAGCCACCGCACUACUGACUCAUUCUUGUUGAGGGUCGGUCAUUGAUUUGAGGUUUAUUUUUAAUUUUUUUCAUUCUUUUGUGAAGGAGAAGAGCAUCUUUACCUCCUGGAUCUCUGAGAGAUUCCUCACAAAACUUUAUGUUUGGGAUAAACUGAAGAAAAUGUGAUCAUCCGGCUUUUCCGCUGCUGCUCUCUCUGAGUUUGAAAUUCCUCACAAACUGGUCUGUACCCUUCCUCCCACAAUUAAAAUCCGAAAUCACUGAGCUAAGACUGUCACGAACAGCGUUAGGGAGUCACCUCGACCACAAAGGAUCGGUUACUGCAGGAGGAGGAUUCUGAAUAAUUCAAGUGGACUUUUACCUGCUGCUGGCUUUGGUGGCAAGAAAGCUGUGCAGCUGCUGAGUUCUUGGAAUUAGAGUCAAAAGUUGGAUCUUCAGAGCAUCCCACUUUGACUUUAAAAUAAUUUUUUUCGUGAUUGCUUAUCAAGGUUUUACAAAUACACCACAAAAGAAAAGAAAAAACCAAACGACUACUUAUAUCAAUAUUCUAAAUUCCUCAUAAGUUCCACAAAGCAGAAAGAAUGAAUGAAUGAAUGUGUGUUCUUCAUCCAUCUCCUGGUGGAUGAGAUGGACCGAAGCCUCGACACCAGCAUGUUGGAUUACUCAUUGAUGCAGUAGAUAUAUAAAGCUUUGCCGUUUUUAAAGUGUUCUUUUUCUUUUUAUUAUUCAUGCUCCGCAUGAAUAAAUGCUUUUAAGUCACUAAAUCUGUUUAGGAAAGUUCAUAUUCGUAAAGAUCCGGAGUGUUUAUUUUUAGAAAAGAUAAUGUUUCCCAUUCUAAAGCUGCGGGUAGUUUAAGCCUCUUGGAAAGGCUCCUAACUUACAAAAAAAACACAUCUUAAUUGCAGAACAGCAGUACAUGUAAAAUGUACUGCUUGAAAAACAGCAGUUUAGUUACAGCCGCAAUGUAAUAUUGUGGAUGAGAGUGAAAAACUGAAACUCAAGCAAACAACUCUUAAUGCUACUUAAGCAUGUUCAUAUUUAUUUAUUGUGUUAAAUUCAGUUUUCUGUGGGUAGUUUUUUUUUUUUUUUAAUUAAAACUACACUGUUUGUUCAUCAGAAAUGCCCAAAGAAAACUGCGGUAAUUUCAGAUUGUGUUUUCAAGUCCCACUCCGAUCAUCUUUUGAUCGAGUUCAAGUCUUCUUAGUGGUCUUUUAUGCCGUUUUCGACCAAAACUGGAAAAAAAACGGUGUAAUUUUCUGGGAAAUAGUUUCUGCAGAGCGGCAGGAGUUCAUUCAAAAUUCACCUCUGAGUUGUGGACGGGCCUGUUGGUGUAGAGUAAGCCUGCUCCCCUUCCCAUCAUCCAUCUGUUUACACUCUCUCCCACUAGCUUACUGCUCCUCACACCCUCAACCUAACUUGACUUGUCCAACAAAUAUGGCGAGAAAUAUUGGAGCUAUCCAGCCGUACAGUUUCAAGCUAAAUGCCAGCUCACGUGAGCCAAUAAGGCUCGUGGCUCGCCCAUAGUCGUUUCUACAUUACAACCACAAGUUUUUUCUAACUGCUUUUUUUUCAUCUGCUCCUGAAUCACGCUGAUUCGAAUAAAGAAAUACUUAGAAAUGCCAUUUUAAGCUUUAUUUUCUUUAUAUGUAUAUGUCCUCCAUCAUCAGAAAAACUCUGAAAACAGAAAAACAUGUUAAAAAUACCAAAAAUGACGACUUUUGUCGGAGUGGGUCUUCAAAACAGCCAAUCCAGCUCUGUUAGGUGAGAAAAGUGAGUCCCACUGUCGGUGCAAUCGUGAGAGGUAAACAAAAGCAACUCCCUAACCUGCUAUUAUAUGAUUUAGUCUUUCUCUUAAAUACACAAGGGACCUUUUUUUGGGUGAGUUUAUAUUUACCUAUUCCUCUUUUUCAUGUAUGCUGUGUAUUUAUCUUUACGCAAGAAACGAACAGGAAAAAAAUUUGCAAGAGUUUAUAAUUGCACGUGAAUGCAUACAAUAAUGAAACCCUAUUUUUCAAACCCAGAUGUGAAUAAACCACUUCAGUGCACUGAUACAGGGAAGUAGGUGCUACGAAAUGUAUUUUUAACACUUCAUAAUGAGAUGAACAAAUCACCAUCAGUCAAACUCUACGUGAGAUCCCUCCUUAAAAAUGAAAAACAUUUUCUUUACCUGGAUUCACACAGAAAAUGAAAGAAAUGAAUCCUUUAUCCAUUUCUCUGUGACUUAAUUGUGCCUCACAAACAUAAUUUAUUAUGAAUGAAAUGGAACACUUUACUGCAAAUUAUUUUUAACUGGCCAAAAAAAUAAAAAAAUCUGUUUAUUAGUUGAAGAAGGAUGAUUAGCAGCUUUGAAUGGUUAAAAAAAAGUAUUCUUAUAGAGAGCAGAAGACUCAGUAUGAAGUCAGGAUAGCUUAAUGGUUUGGCUCCAUUUCUGGGUAAAGCAUAGAUUUUUGUUUUUACAAUUGUCAAGAAUUAUUUUAGUUUUGACAUACUUGAAACAAUUUAAUGUUAAUAAUAUAUAUUUUAAAACUAUUUAACUUCAGUAUCAGGGGUAAAUGUUUCAGCUUUUCAACGAAUUCAGAUACCUUUAACCGAUAACACAGGCACAAAAAUAUUUGUCUUUAAUCCUGAUUAUUUUUUUAAUAUGACUUUAGUUGUGACCUGAGCACAAACUAGAGUGAUAUUUUCUUUUCUACCUGCAUGUCACGGGGUGUUAUGUACUUUUUAACCAAUUCAUGAUGUCUAGAACUUGGGCCAUUUCAUCAUGACCAUCUAAUUGUACAUAAUUGACUUUUUCACUUUGGUUUAAUCUUCCUGUUUUUCUCUGUAGCUGUGUGAGCACUCAUUAAAUUCUUUGUUUUUUAACAUGCACCUUACAGACAUGAAGAGUGGAUGUGGGAGAAACCCACUGAGCUCCUUUCACAACCAUUCAUUAAUGGUCUACUUUAGGCUGCAGAGUAAUCCAACAAUAUUUCUCUUUUUUUAUUUCUUUUUUAUAUAUAAAAUUUCUUCUUGUUUUUCCUUAAAGCACCUUCAGCACAGACAACAAUGCAGUAUUUCCUCACCACUGGAGGCAGUCGCUGUAGUUCAACAUCACAGCUGCUGCUUCAGUUUGUUGCAUUGCUAAUUCAAAAACUGCUUGAAAACCAUAGAAGUGAAUUUUGCAUAGAAAGGUUCAAAACGGACGCAUCAACACUGAUAAAUCAGCUGCAUCAUGUCAUGUUCUACAUAGGCCGCACUGAACCUCUUGCCUUUCUUCGUAAACUUAAGUUUAACAUGCGUUUGUCCUUGACGUAACACGUUAAUACUUUUAUUUUGGUGGAAAAAUUAGAUUAACAAUGCCAUUCUAAAAUUGUGAUUUUUCUACAUGUAUUCUCUUAAUUUGUUUUCAGAGUUUAAUUUUUGUAUCCCCUCUUAAGGAGAAUGUGGGGUUUGCUUUUUGGUUGUUGGUUUUUUGUUUGUUUUUUGGCAAGGUUACUGGCCAAACACUAACCAGUUAACUUCUAUUCGAGACUUUGAGAGUGAAUUAUUCACCCUGGUUUCAUCUGAUUUCCACUGACAAAAGAAAAACAGUAGAUCUGAAAGUGUAAAUGUGCUUUAUGACUAACAGCAAAAAAGACAAAUCUGUCAUUGACUCUUAAAGGUUUGUGUUAAUUCUGUAGGUUUCAAAGGUAAUUGUACUGUAUAUACUGUAAUUGUGACUUCUGAUCUCAUGUCUUUGAUGGGUGAUGCUGUAAACAUUGAUAUAUAAAUAGAGAUUCAAGACUAUUUUAAUACUUGUAACCUCUGAAGAACUUGUUUUUGUAUGUACAGUAUAAAUUAAAACUGCUGUAAUGCUGA